AUGGAUGGAUGGAUGGAUGGAUGGAUGGAUGGAUGGAUACGGAUGGAUGGAUACGGGAUGGAUGGAUACGGGAUGGAUGGAUACGGGAUGGAUGGAUACGGGAUGGAUGGAUACGGGAUGGAUGGAUACGGGAUGGAUGGAUACGGGAUGGAUGGAUACGGGAUGGAUGGAUACGGGAUGGAUGGAUGGGUGGGUGGAUACUGGAUGGAUGGACGGGUGGAUGGAUGGAUGAAUGGAUGGAUGUCAUGGUAUUCAGGAACCCCAGCCAAAUUUAUAGCAUUUACUCUAACUUGUGUAACAGAGUGUGACCUUUCCAUAAACCAGGCUUAG